AGAAAAUGGCAAAAGCAUCGCUGAUGGCUCUGGUUUUAAAGACAGUCUGUAUUUCGUUUCUCAUCAGCUUCGCCCUUGCCGCUGAAAAAUUAAAUGUGGUGGGCAAAGUCUACUGUGACACGUGCCGCGUUGAGUUCGAAACCAAACUCAGUGAACCCAUUUCAGGUGCAACGGUGAAGUUGGAAUGCAAGAAGGAAAAGGACGAUGUGAUGACCUUCAGUCGAGAGGCGGUUACCAAUGCAACAGGUGGAUACAGCAUCCCGGUGGAGGGUGACCACUAUGAAGAGAUAUGCUGGGUUAGGGCGGACAAGAGUCCCCGGGCAGACUGCAAUCAAAGGAUGGAAGCUUGGGAAAGAUCUCAGGUGGAACUGAGCGGCAAAGAUGGCUUAGCUGAGCCUACUAGAACUGCCAACAAUCUUGGUUUCAAGAAGAAGGAAGCUCUUCCUGGUUGCCCUCAAGUUCUUAAAGAGAUGGGCUUUCCUAACGGAAAGGUUGAGCCAGUACCAUAACCUACAUCAACAAAUCCCAUAACACCCUCCCUGCAAAUCCUUUCAUUAUAUCUUUAAAAUGUAACUUGUACCACUUUA